AUGGGAAGCAAAGCACACGACAUGUAUAAGAUCCGGGUCGAGGAUUUUGAUCGGAUGCAAAGCACAGCUCGAUCUGCUCUGACCAUAGCCGUCUAUGGCAAGGAGAGUAUUGACCUGGAUCAGCGUCAAGCACCUCGGUUUCAAGACGUCACAUUGAGCCAACGCCUGGCAGAGACAAGCCAGCUACUGCAAGGCUGUCUCAGCGAGCUGUCCCGAUACCAGGCAAAAUGGGAUCACUGGACCCAUGAACGUGAUGCCAUUGGCCAGCGUUUGGUACACUACCUGGCCUAUCGCGAGCGGGAGAUUGCGGCAGCCGCACGCAACGAGCGCAUUAUCCUAGACCGCAAUUGCCGCCAACUUCGUGAGGAAGCUAGCCGACUCAAAGCCCAAGUCAAUCAGAGCGAGUCACGGCUUCAACAUGCCCGCGAUGACCUCAGUGCAGAACAACGGCUUCGCGCCCAGGUGGAGCAUCUAUUUCAAGGCAUCCACGAUCGCCUGGCCGUUGAGCUCGAGUGCCGUGACCACGAGGCCCAAAUUCGUGCUGCCGACGAGGCGGCCCGCGACAAGGCCCACGAAAAACGCGACAGGGCCCACGAGGCGUUUGAACAACUCACACAACUUGCCAACGACACCCAGCGCGAAUAUGUGGAGCGUCACCACAACGCCGUGGGGCUUCUGCAACAGGCCGAACAGGCCCUGCACAACGAGCAAGGCGUUGAACCCCCCCGUGAUCUUAGCGGGGAGCUGCAAGGCAAAAUUGACCUGGCUCUUAAACGGCGUACCAUGUUGGAGGGCGAGGUUGAGCGCAGCCGCGAGGCUCGGGACAAAGCCCGGCUCGAAGUGGCAGAAUUGGAGCGGCAUCUUGCCCGCGUACAACAGGAGACCCAGAAACUGCGACAAGGGCUGGAAAUGCAACUUAGCGAGUAUAACGAGCUACGCGAAGCGCAACAGGCGGCCAUUGAAGCCGAAGAUGCACAACGCCUGGCGCUUCUGGAGCGGAUGCAUGCCAGCGAGGCAGAACGCCUUAAUGCCAAGGCAUCGUUGGAUGCAUUGGAAAGGCGCCAACAUGACGCAGAGCAGGCUGUUCUGGCCUCGGAAAGAGAAAAGGAAUCAAGACAAAGAGAAAUGGAGCGUAUUGCCAAGCAAUACAAUGAUGCGCUUGCAAACUUUGAACAGGCGCGCCAAGAUCGACGGCAACAAAUCUUAUCGGCUCAAGACACCCUGGCUACCCUUCAGACCAACAUUCAGCAAACGAAUGAGAACCUCGAGCUCAAUCGGGAGGCUUUGGGCGAGGCCAAAUUGAUCCAUCAACGCCUUGAACAGGAGCGCGAAGAAAAAUUGGGAUCCCUGAUGACGCAGAUCGAGGAGGCCAAAGGAGUCUGCGAGCAGCAACAGCGUGUGGUGGAUGAAGCGGAGUUGGCCACCGAGCUACAACAAGUUCAGAGCGAAGUCGAUACCGUGCGGGCCGUCCUCGAAGCCAUUCCCGUGGAGCGUCGCGAUCUCAACGACAAGCUGGUCAACGCAGCACUCGUCACGGAAGACCUGAAAGCUAAACAGGCUGCCACUGCAGCAGAGGCAGAGACCUUGGACGAUCGGAUUGCGACGCUCACUGAGAAGGUGGAUCAUACAAUGGCGUCGACAGCGACGUAUAACAAGCAGAGUGAGGCGCUGGUUCGGGUUUUGGCCAAUGAAAAGGCAGAGUUUGAACAGCACAUGUUGGAUGAGCAUGCACAUCUCAUUCGCCUCAAGACCGAAAUCGCCUCGAACCUCCAGCGCAAUGGUCCGAAAACAGAGGAGUAUGAAAAGUUACAAGAAGAACAAAUGCAGGUGCGGGAAGAGAUGUUGGGCGACCUUCGCUCCUUGGCAUUGGAGGAGCAGGCACUUGCUGGGCAUCGCGACCUUCGCACAGGCGAAGCACGGUUGCAGCAGGCUGUGCUCGUGUUUGGCACCGCUGAGCGGCUGCGCCACGAGCAGGAGCAUGCGGCGCACCUCUUGACCACGCUCUCCGAGAGAGAGAGAGAGAGAGAGAGAGAGAGAGAGAGAGAGAGAGAGAUGAAUUGGUUUGGUCGGUUUGAGAAAGAGAGAAAUAAAGAGCAAAGACACAAAGGAAACGCACAACUACCACAUGAGAGAGAAAAGUUGAAAUUAGAGAGUAAGGAAAUCAAUUGUGAAGCAGAGCAGCGCACAGCGCGCACACACGACUCCAACAUGGCUGGCGGGGCUCAGAAGAAGCUGGUGGCUCGCAAUGCGGGCAUUCUACAGAGCGCACGUAUCGCAGCGGGCUGUGGACUGGUGUCUGCCAUCUGCAAUGGCUUGGUUCUGAUUGCAACCAUGGCCCUGAUGCACUCAACCGGCACUUCUGGCGCUGACUUGAGCAUCAAGGGAGGCAUUGCAGAAUACGCCUUCGAUCUUCUUCUUGUCGCGGUCUUUGCCUUGGCACUGUGUCCAGUCACGGCGCUAGUCAACCUCGUUUGGCUGGUCGUUUUGGGCUUUCUCGCGUUCAAGUUUCUCCUACCCGACAACAGCGCUGCACCACCGCCCAUGCCUGCUUCCAUGCCCCCACCCCAGCGGGGACGUGGCGGCAAGAAGCGCCAAUAA